GAAACCAUGCCGAGACCUUAUCUCUGUUGAAAAUCCAGCAGCAGGCCACGGGGCCGGAGGUAGCGCGGAAGUCACAGUGCAAGCGGGCCUCCUCGCCUUUUCGAACCGCCACGUGCUCCGGCGGGUCGACAAAAUCCACAGGGCCUUUUGUUUGCAAGUCCAACUGAUCUCUACCUGGCCAAAUUGAAGAGGAGGGCGGGGCUACGUGAUUGGCGGAUUCAAAUACGCUGGGACCAAUCACGAGUGAGCAGCUAUGAUUGCUUUCGCCUCACCUGCCACUAACAGGUUUUGAAGAACAAUGUCUGAGACCUUAAUCCAGAGAAUAAAGGAGCUGGAGGAGGAAGUGGAGAAGCUCAAAUCCCAGCUGAAUGGGAACCACACGGAGACCAAUGCAUGUCCCAAUAAUAAUAAGACAAAUGGUAAAAAAGGAAAGAAAGCCUGCAAGGAGCGACCGUUCGACUUUUCCGCACACCCUCGCCGCCACGUUGCUCUGCGUCUAGCCUACUUGGGAUGGGCCUACCAGGGCUUUGCCGUCCAGGAGAACACGGACAACACGGUGGAGGCCAGGCUCUUUGAAGCCCUCCUGAAGACGCGCCUCAUCCAGGAUCGCCAGAGCUCCAACUAUCACCGGUGCGGACGCACAGACAAAGGUGUCAGCGCCUUUUCCCAGGUGAUAACAAUCGACCUGCGCUCCACACAGUAUUCCGGUUUGGGCGUCUCCGUUCCUGAAGACAGUAAACAGGACACCGCCGCCGCCCCAGAGCUUCCCUACGUGAAGAUGCUGAACAGAGUCCUACCUCGGGACAUCCGGAUUUUAGAGUGGGCUCCUGCCGCUGAGGGCUUCAGCGCUCGUUUCGAUUGCCAGUCCCGCACGUACCGCUACUACUUUCCGCGAGGCUCUUUAGAUGUGGCGGCCAUGACGGACGCAGCGAAAAGGUACGAAGGCACCCAUGAUUUCCGUAACCUGUGCAAGAUGGACGUGGGCAACGGCGUCCUGCAGUUUGAGAGGACCAUCCUGUCGGCGACAGUCGAGCCGGCGGACCCCCAACGCGCCGACGGCACGCACCCGCAUGACUUGUUUGUGUUUGAGAUUAAAGGACUCGCCUUCCUCUACCACCAGGUUCGCUGCAUGAUGGCUGUGCUGCUCCUGAUUGGACAGAAGCUGGAAGCCCCAGAAAUUAUCCACAGCCUCCUCGAUGUUCACAAUAACCCCAGAAAGCCGCAAUACAGCAUGGCGGUGGACUACCCGCUGGUCCUCUACGACUGCCACUUUGACGGCCUGAGCUGGAAGCGGGAUGCCGAGGAGCUGGGUCUCGCCAUGUCUUCUCUGCAGCAACACUGGACGGAGAGCGCCGUCAAGGCUCACGUUCUACGCGACAUGAUUCGAGGCUUGGAUGCUACAAGCGGGGUGUCAUCCGGCCUAUGCCUGCUGGUGGAAGGCAGCCGGCAGAGGAAGUACCGGCCCUUGCUGGAGCGUCCACUCUGCGAGAGCUUGGAGUCACGCAUCGAGCACUUUGUCAAGAGAGGCCGGCUGGAGCGGGAGCAGGAUGAAGCCGGUGGAGAAACUCUUCACAAAGGGAAGCGGUCCAAAUACUCCCAAAAUUCAACAGGUGCUGCUGCUGAGGUGGUCAACGCGAGUCCAGAAUAAAAAGUUUUUUUUUUUAAAAAUGGUUUUGUUGAAGGGUCUUUUGUUUCUAUAAAAUAAAAAAAAACACAACUCAUGGUUUGAGUCUUGCUGCAGAGAAAAAUAUUAAAUGACAACUCUUUGUUAAUAUAAUAUAUAUGGAACUCUUUGUUAAUAUAUAUAUGUAUAAAUAUAUAAAUAAAUAAUUAUAAGACAUGAA